UCUAACCAACACCAGCUUACAAAUUAUAUUGACUAAGUUUUGAAAUUAUCAUACAUUGGGAAAAGUAUAACACUUUAGUAUAUGAUUUAAUUCCAUUUUGGGUUGGAAAAUCCUGGCUAAUAUUGGAGAUGUCAGCAUGAGACUAAGUAGGAAUUUAUUGGUUAGACAGAUCUUGCAGUUUUCCAUCUGUUAAUGUAAGUUAUGAAUAUAGGCAUAAACAGUUGAUUGUGUUUUGAGCAUUUGGAAUGUUCAGAUGUAUGUACCUAACAGUCAGUCCAAACACAACAGUAGCCUGGAAGUUUGUUUAAAUUCUACAGUGGAUUUUCCUGGAUUAGGCACUAUUACAGAACUGUACAAGUAUGUUUCAUGGUAGAAAAAACAGGAGCACAUUGGCUAAUGUAGAGUGAGUGAUGGCCAUGAGCUCUAAUAGUGCUGGGGAGAUGGGUUUACCCCCCGCCCCUGCCACCCCUUCAACAAAUGCCUUUCAGGCCCUUGCUAUGAAAGCCGGUUCAAAACCCCAGGAUGAACCACCAUCUUUCAAGAGUAUGGACUACAGAGAGCAGCCCAGUCCCCAUAAGAGUGUAUCUGCCGUCCAGUCCUAUCAUGAAAGCAUGGCCUCCCCCACAACUGGGGGAGCAUUUGGCUAUGAUGAUGACCGAGUACAAAAUGACCUCCUUGAGGAAAUAUGCUCAGACUUUGGUGUUAAGGAUAGUAUGGAUCUGGACUUCUAUGAUUUCGAAGAGAUUGAGAACGGAUCUCAGUCGAGUAAUGGUUCUAAGAGUGCUGCGUCAUCUCAAAUGGGAUUCAGUGGUUCUAAUGCGGGUAGCUAUAACAGUAAUAUAGGAUUUAAUAAUCAAUGUGCUGUUCCUCAGCAAUAUAACAAUGCAGGGUUUGGUUGGCAGCAGCAACAGCAGCAGGCGAAUGGAAUGUUUCCUCAGAACAAUAGCCAGAUGGCUGCUAAUAGACAACAAGCCCCCAAUACUGUCCAUUAUAAGCCCCCAUACCAACAGCAGCAACAGCCACAACAUCAAGGAGUGUUUGCUGUACCUCAGGCACCUGCUGCUAUUGCUAGAUCUAAUUCCAUGCCCAGUCAUGACAUGCAACAUGGGGAUGGUUUCAACCACCCUGCCCUUAGAGUAAAUAGGACUAACUCAGCAGGGGCACCACUGAACAGAGAGUCCCCACAUGCCUUCAGGGCUGUUAAUCCCCAGUACCCACAUACUCAGGGUAUGAUUCACCCCAGGCCCCAACAUCCUAAUAUGAGACCUGAUGCUCCCAUGACUCCACGUAGCUUGGUAUCACCCUCAGACCCAGGCUACUCCUCCUGUGAUCUGGCAAGUGUUAGUAGCCAUAGUACAGCAGCUACAGUCUUCUCAAGUCAAUAUGGCAGCACUGAUAGCCUUAACGUAAUGUCCCAGCACCAUCAGCAAGGCCAACAACAGGCCGGUGCAUUUAACACUGAUAAUGCAACCACUCCCCUGCAGAUCAAAACUGGCUACCAGCCUGCUGCUUCCUCCCCACAGUGCAAAAACAUUGAUGCCAAUCAGAAUCAAUCUGAUCUGAUCUCAUCGAACAUUAAUGAUAUUCGGAUGUCUCAAGCACAGGGCCAAAAUACAGUGGUGAAAUCUGAGGUGUGCUCAGAAAUGAACUCUCCGUCUGGCCAGUCUCACAUGUCAGCUGCUAGCUCUGUGCAGCCAGUGCCCCCACCUUAUAAUGUGGACCAAAAGGUGCCUUAUAGUCAGUACCAGCAGCAAGGCAAUGUAGAUGUGAGCCAAAUGCAGCAACAGCAGCAGCAGCAGCAGCAUGAUCACUUCAAUCAGAAACCUUUACAGCACGAAGGAUAUUUUCAGAAUCAACAAACACCAAAGGAUAACAUGAGAGGCCUCACUAGUCCUGCCCUACAACAAAUGCAGAACUUUGUAUCUGGUCUUAGCAAACCUGGUACCCCUACUUCAACAGGCCCUGAUCAGACCAUGAUGCCUCCACCAUCAUCGGCCCCACAGAGUCCUUUCAGCCAAGCACAAGCCAGCCAAAAGUACUCACAAAAAAUGAUGCCCAAGCACAUGCAGUCUUCCAGGCCUGAGGUAGGGCCAUAUAGUGUAAUGAGCCCUAGAAGUCCAAGCACUAACAUCAAGGAAGGAAAUGGCAAACUUAACCAUCCAUCCUCACCAUAUAGUGGGAUACCUAAAUCUGAACCAAUGACCCCAGGUACCCCUCCAUCUUGUACAACAGAGAGUGGUCAGUCACAGACUAUGCAUUAUAUGCCAUCCAAUGAAGGAACCGCCCCUCUGGAACCACCGCCCAAUUACCCAGACCAACCUACAGGUGAUGCUUUCAUGCCAACUAAUAAUUUUGACAAUCAGGCUAGCUCUAUGCAGUCACCUAGUAUACAAAACAUGCAGACCCAAGCUGGGGCAAUGGGCCAUAAUCAGUACUUAGGACAAGGACAAUAUAAUAAUCCCAUGACACAGGGCUCGUAUCCCCAACAGCAAUAUACCCAGUCUGGGCCCCAUGGUGGUCAGUUUGGAGGUGGCUCUAUGCAAGGAAUGUUCCCACAGGGCCAGGAGAGUCACCAAUUCAACCAGCAACAGCAAGCUCAGGGUAUGCCUCAAACACCAACCAUGCAGCAACCAGGAGGAUUCAACCAGGCCAGCCAACAACAGCAUUUCCAUGCUCCACAGGGCUUUAGGCCAAUACAGAAUGAGCACAUGGCAAGUCCAGGGAGACAUGGGAUGCCUGAUGGUCUACAUAUGAACUCACCCUCUGGCAACCCAGGGGCACAGUAUGGCAUGCCAGGACCCUCACAAGGGCCCUCUCCAGUUCUAGGCCCCAGCCCAACCAAUAGACCAGCAAUCAUAUCAUCCCAACAAGUUUUCAUGGAGCGCCUGGUGACAGAUAAAUCCAGUGCAUUCAGAUCUCAUCCCUUCUUCCCUCUAUUACGAGACUUGGUGAUUGCCGAUAUGAACUUCCACACUCCCACGUUCCCCUUCCAACUGAUAGCCAACCUUCCGCGGGACUUUGACAAGCUCCUGCAGAAUUAUUUACAGAGAAACCCCCCUCAGGGCAAAUAUGAGCAUAACCAGGCCACCGAGAAUGUUGUCAUGGAUGCGCUGAAGUUGGCCCAUCAAUCUCUUAUUGACAAGAUCCAGGGUAAAAAGGUUCAAGAGCAACUAAGACACCAAAGACCGAAUAAUGUCGUCGAAGACUUUUGCGAUAAAUUCGACCAAUCUGUUAGAAAAACUGUGUCUCAGGUUGGUACACCGAAUGAAAGUCUAUCAGCGAGUCGUGAAAGCCUCAUAUCUUCUGUAUCUCAGGCUGAUACAAUUAAAAAAGUGGUGUUCAAUGUACCAGGAGGUGAAGAUCUGAAUGACUCGAGUAGUGUUCGCAGUGGAAGCAGUUCCCAUACCCACAAUGGACAGACAGAGCCUACCACUACAAAGAAACCAACCCUUCCCAAAGAGGCUGUAUCCAUUAUGUUGCAAUGGCUUAAAGAGCAUAGAGACAAUCCUUAUCCUAAUGAUGAAGAAAAGGACAUGCUGAUACAAAAAACUAAACUCACAAUUAAUCAGAUCAACUACUGGUUCACCAACGCUAGGCGGAGAAUUCUUCCCAAAUGGAACCAGGGUCUACCAUAUAAUAGUACAACCAUGGGGAGGACUUGA